CGACUCAUAGGUUAGGAUAAAUGGUGGAGGUGACGGUGCUGGACUACGGCGCCGGCAACGUGCGCAGCCUGAAGAACGCCAUCCGCGCGACCGGCCACUCGGUGAAGGAUGUGACCUCGGCCGAGGACAUCCGCAACGCCGGGGUGCUCAUCUUCCCGGGCGUGGGCAACUUCCGCGCCGCCAUGGAGUUCCUGAACGCCAGCGGCUACGUGGACGAGCUCAAGGCGUACAUCGCGGCGGACCGGCGCUUCAUGGGCAUCUGCCUGGGCAUGCAGACGCUGUUCGAGGGAUCGGAGGAGUGCCCCGAGCUCAAGGGCCUGGGCGUGAUCAAGGGCAAGGUGGCGCGCUUCCCGUCCGAGCAGGUGACGGUGCCGCACAUGGGCUGGAACGGCAUCACGGCCUGGAAGAAGUCGUCGCUGUUCGCGUCCCUGCCCGUGAGCACGGAGGAGGCCAAGGUCUACUUCGUGCACUCGUUUCGCGUCAUCAAGACGGACAAGAACGCGGGCUGGGUGCUCACCACCACCAACUACGGAGACCUCGAGUUCGUCAGCGCCGUGCAGAAGGGCAACGUCAUGGCCACGCAGUUCCACCCGGAGAAGAGUGGGGUGGUGGGUAUUGCCAUCCUCAAGGGCUUCCUGGAGAACACGGCGUUGGCGGACCACGACACCCCCAUCGCCUCGGCGGCCACGGCUCCCCGUACGACGCUGUCGAAGCGUGUCAUCGCAUGCCUGGACGUGCGUGCCAAUGACCAAGGAGACCUGGUGGUGACCAAGGGAGACCAGUACGACGUCCGUGAGGACAAUGCCGAGGGCGACGUGCGCAACAUGGGCAAACCCGUGGAUCUGUGCAAGCGCUACUUCGACGAGGGCGCAGACGAGGUGGCCUUCCUCAACAUCACCAGCUUCCGCGAGCAGCCGAUGGGCGACCUGCCGAUGGUUCGAGUGCUUGAGGCCAGCUCGGAGUGCGUCUUCGUGCCCCUUACGAUUGGCGGCGGUAUCCGCGAGUACGUGGACGACCAGCUGAAGACCCACUCGGCUCUGGAUGUGGCGGCGCUGUACUUCCGCUCGGGUGCUGACAAGGUGUCCAUUGGUAGCGAUGCCGUGUACACAGCGGAGAAGUACUACGCUAACGGCGGCAAGGGUGACGGCACCAGCUCCAUUGAGACCAUCUCCGCGGUGUACGGCAACCAAGCUGUCGUGGUGUCCAUGGACCCGAAGCGAGUGUACGUGGCGUCGUUCUAUGAUGAGAACGCCAAGGGCCACAACGUCGUGAAGCUGUCCAAGCCUGGCCCGAACGGCGAGGAGUACUGCUGGUACCAGAUGACGGUGCGUGGUGGACGCGAGGCCCGUGACAUUGACGUGGUGCAGCUGGCCCAGGCGGUUGAGGCUCUUGGUGCUGGUGAACUGCUGCUCAACUGCGUGGAUAUGGACGGCCAGAAGGCUGGCUACGACCUGGAUCUGAUCGCGCUCGUGAAGAAGUCUGUGCGUAUCCCCGUGGUCGCGUCCAGCGGUGCUGGCAAGCCGGAGCACUUCACGGAGGUCUUCGAGAAGACGAACUGCGACGCUGCCCUCGCGGCUGGCAUCUUCCACCGCAAGGAGGUGGCCAUCCAAGAAGUCAAGGCGCAGCUGCACACCGACAACAUCAGUGUGCGUCUCUGA